CGGAAAGCUAAGACGACGCACAUAGACAUGAAACCCUCCUCUGAAGUUUUCUCCCUUCUCUCUCCUCAAGUAGCUCUCAAGUCUUCGCUGUUUUUUGGUCGGAGAUUAACGUUUGGUGGCUCCUAUAGCACCAACGUUGAUCUUCUUUCAGUUUAUGUUUGUUUCUUUACUUAUCCUCGCAGUUGCAGUUUACCGUUUUGGUAUUUUGUCGUCCGAUUUUAAGAUCUCGAUUAGUUGGGUUGUCUUAUGACAACCAAUGACUUUAUUGUGGUGUUAGAUCGGCUUUCGUCCAAUAUCGUUCGGCUCACAUAGUGACGAUGAUUGGUUUGCUUUUGACGCUUCCUUGCCACUUUGCUUUCGGUUUCUUUUAUCCGAUAUAGUUGUUGUUUUUUAUGAAUAAUCUUCAUGGUUAACAAGCUUUUGGUUUUCGAGAUUCAGAUUGGGAGAGUUUCUAAUGCAAAAUCUAUAUGAUUGACGAUGUAGGCUUGUUAAAGUUGUCUCUGUUAUCGUCUCUCUUCGUUCUCUCCGGAAAAUCUAUUUCUUUUGCCAACAUGGUUGCUUUGCCGUGUGGGUGUUGUUGAAAGUUCAGUUGGUUUACUCUCUAUGUUGAUGUCCUUCAGAUUUUGAGAAACAAUUGCCUGGGGAAGAUUGCAGAUUUGAUGCUGAAGAUUAUGGGUUUCUCUAAUUAAAAACCGAUGGACUUCUGUGCUUGAAGCUCUAGCGGUUUCCGGUGGUUUUGGAGGUGCCUUUCGUUGCUUAUCAAAUCGACGAUGAACGGCGAUGACUUAUGCGUCAUCUGUCCUCGGGUCUCAACUUUGUCGACGACUAUUACUUCCUUACAGGAAUUAGUUUUCUCUGGUGGGCUUUCAUUAAUUUGGGCAUGUGUUUAAAAGCUUAAUGUUGUGAAGAUGGAUGUCAAAAUGUAAGUGGAAGUUUCCACUGUUAUAUAUUUUGCAACACUAGAUAAAGUACAAUACUUAUGAGAAAAAAUAAAAAUAAUUAUAAAAGCGUUUAACCCGGUUUAGUUCGAUUCGGUUUAAUAAAGAGAUUAUCUCAAAACAAAACAAAAUUCGCAUAUCGCCGAUUAUUCAAAUCGGUAACGUACGGUCUCAUUUGAGAUAUUCCGGUGUGUGCAACAGUUACACCAAUUAAACCUUUUCCUUAAAAAAUAAAAAUGGAGAGAUUCUUCUACAGAGAGAAACCCUAAAGACCAAAAUAGGAAUCGUGCCUAUCACUCUCUUUCUCGAAUCAUCUUCUUCCUCGCGAAGAGACUUCCUUUAGUUUCUGUUGAAAUCUCUUAUUUGCGGUGAUGAACUUUGAAAUUUGAUUCCAGAAGUCCGAUGACGACGACGGCGGAAACUGGGCAAUCCUCUGGUUCGAAACCCUCUGAUGAUGAUGCAUGGGCCAAACUGGUUCCUCUGGACACCAGAUUCUCUGACAUUGAGAUUAGGUGCAAUGAUAUGGUAAUAUGCUCUGAGAUUAAACCGUCUUCCCUGGAAAAACAUGAAUGGUGCAGAAUAACUAAGAAUUUGGGUCAAAGUUCUGCCACUAUACAUAAUAAGAGUUCGGAUGCUAUACUUGUUGACAAGGCUGUUGUCCCGAAAGAUGGUGCUGUUGAUAUCAUUAGUGGAUCUGAAAUUGUUCCUGGCCCUGAAGAACAAGGGUACUUGCAGUACAGAUUUACAAUAAUGCCUGCUCCAGAAUCCAGAACCCAGCUAUUACAGAUUUCCAUAGAUCCUGAACAUGCAAAAUGCAGUAUCUGCUUAAACAUAUGGCAUGAUGUUGUCACAGCUGCACCUUGCCUUCAUAAUUUCUGUAAUGGCUGUUUUUCAGAAUGGAUGCGGAGAUCGGAGGAAAAACAUAAACAUGUGUUAUGUCCACAGUGCAGAACAACAGUACAAUAUGUGGGAAAAAAUCAUUUUCUGAAGAACAUACAAGAGGAAAUAUUAAAAGUGGAUGCUGCACUGAGGCGACCAGCUGAAGAUAUUGCAGUGUUGGACUCAUCUGCAUCGAUACAAUCAAAUCUUAUCAUUGGGAGCAAGAGAAAACGUCGAUUGAAUAUGCCUGCGCCCACACAUGAAGAAAGAGAUAGCUUGCGUUUGCAAUGCCCACAAUGUGUUGCUAAUAUUGGUGGUUAUCGGUGUGAACAUCAUGGUGCACAUCUGCAAUGCCACCUGUGUCAAGGAAUGAUGCCCUUUAGAGCCAAUCUCCAAGUGCCGUUACACUGCAAGGGAUGCGAUAGGCCGUUUUGCGGUGCUUACUGGAGUUCCGAGAAUGUUACACAAGGUGUAUCUGGUCCAGUCUGCGUUCGCGAAACUUUUAGACCUAUCUCGGAACGCACAAUUACAAGGAUUCCAUUCAUAACCCAUGAAAUGAAUCGCCAUGAACAAGAUAUAACGCAAAGAUGCAUUGCCCAUAUGGAGAAAACUGUGCCGGAUGUUGUAGCAGAGUGGCUCAGGCUUUUCAACAAUAGAGAAAUAGACCGCUCGAGAAUGCCUCUGAAUCAUGCUGAGACGAUAACUGCAUCAACACAUGUUUGCAAUGAUUGUUAUGAUAAGCUGGUGGGAUUCCUUUUAUACUGGUUCCGGAUAACACUGCCGAGAAAUCAUUUGCCAGCGGAUGUAGCGGCUAGGGAAGAUUGUUGGUAUGGAUACGCAUGUAGGACACAACACCACAACGAAGAUCAUGCUCGUAAACGUAACCAUGUAUGUCGCCCUACCAGAGGGAACCAUCACUUUUAGUCCGCUUUUCAUCUUUUCUUUUGAUUAUAUUUUGGGAUAUUCUGUAUGAGUAGUUAGAAACUGUUCCUUGAAUAGUUAUCAAAAUGGAUUAUUUUGUCAUCUGCUAUAUAGAAGAUGGUGUCGGGUCAGACCUUUAUUUCUGACAUACCAAUCAGAUCAACCGUUUUCUUAGCAAAUGUAUUAACAAUCUUAUGAAUUAGCCAUUUUGUGUGUUUCAAAACUUUCAAUUGCCAAUAAAAAUUUAACUACAAUAUCAAAAUGAUUCGUUGCGUU